AUGGGGCAUUCAAGUAAAUGUCUGUCGACUACGCAGAAUCGAACAGAGAAGUCGACGGAUAUCGAUCCAAUCACUCCCACAAAACAAGAUGGACACAAACAGCCUCCAGGCAAACUUGGAGAUACUGAUGUCUCCUUGCCAGUCAAGGACAUCCCAGACCAUUUCCCACCUACUGUUCCGCUGCACUUGAUCAGGCGUUAUUUCUCCCUGGCAUAUCGCUCAAAAAUGGACCCGUACUCGGGUGUACCAUUGAUUGGGACUGACCAUACUGUGUGGUGGCGGAUGCUUUUUGUUGCGAAAGGCUUGAAUUUUGGGGUGCCAGCUGCUCCUGGGAAGGAUGGUCUACUUCUCUCGAAUGUCACGCAGAUGAACAACCCCGAGGAAGUGGCCGUGUGGGCGGAGGACAACAGAAGCGAUUGGAUUUAUUACGGUCAAUACGUUGUGACUGGGUCAGAUGGGCGUCUAUCCAAAGAAGAGUUUUCGCGUCUCUCCGAGAGAGUGCGCAAGAAUUGGGCCGACUUGAUCGUGCGCCAAUGCUACUGGGGCAUAGAUAUAUCGCUACACCACCAGAACAUGGUCAGAGAUCUCACGCAGUGUUAUCACAGGUGA